ACAACGUCACUGUAACCUGACGUCACUUCCUGCGCGCGAGACUUCACGCUAAUCCCUGCUAACGGCACAAAUGUCUUCUAAAAACUGUGUAGUUGGUUCAGUGUGUGUUUAAAUAUCGCCACCCAAAACUCCCGCUGUCCUCGGCACAGGAAGUGUCCCACCGUGGGACAGCACGCAGGCUCCCGGGGCGGACACUGAGGGGCAGCUUUGGUUUGUUGUUGACAUCCUUGACGAUCACGGAUGUGGCUCCAGUUUUUGACAGUAACUUCACAGCUAGCGUUACUUUUGGCGGAAGUUUUCCUCCUCUGAGUAAAACAUUCAGAUCAGACGUUUUUUUUUCAUCCAGGGUGAAUUUCGUUUCCCUGGUCAGACUUCAGGAUGAAGCUGCAGUGUGAUGUCGAGGUGGUGAAUCGCAUGCUCCCCACGUUCGGGAUAAAGAGUCGGGGAAAGGGAACUCGAGCGGUUCUGUCCAUCGGAAAACAUUUGGACAAGACGAACCAGCGCUGCAACGUCUACAUGAUGAUCUGUACGGCCAAAGACAGAUCAGGCUCCAAGUACAAGCUGAAGGGCAACAUAGAGAAGUUCUUCACAUGGUUCGUGGAGGAAGGCAAAGCCACCGUCCGACUGAAGGAACCCGCUGUCGACAUUUGUCUGAGCAAGGCAGAUGCAAACAGCUUGAAAAACUUCCUCUCGGCCGCUCGUCUCGCAGACAAAGGUAGUGACACCAGCAGUCUCCCCCUGUCCACUCUCACCCCCGUCAGAGCCAGAGACGUGGAGCAGCCCAAGAAGAAACUGACCAUCGUGUCUAAGAAGGACUACCCUCUGACCUCUAACUUCCCCUACUCCCUGGAGCAGCUGCAGGUGUCCUACUGCAGGCUGUCGCGCGUGGACAUGAGAAUGCUGUCGCUCAAAGCUCUCAGGAAGCUCGACCUCAGCAACAACCACAUCAAGAAACUCCCCGCCACCGUCGGUGACCUCAGCUGCCUCUCUGAACUCAUCCUCCACAACAACCAUCUCGAAACCUUCAGCGACGCCCUCUGCCUGUCCACCCUGCAGCGGUCCCUGCAGGUCCUGGACCUCAGCCAGAACAGACUGCAGUUCCUGCCGGCCCAGUUCUGCCAACUCAGAGAACUGGUGAACCUGAAACUGGACGACAACUCGUUGGUUUGUUUGCCGUUCCACAUCGGUCGACUCUCAAAGUUGAGGUUUCUGUCGGCGGCUCACAACCAGCUGGCCGUGCUGCCCAGUGACUUUCGCAAGCUCAGUCUGGAGAACUUGGACUUUUUCGGAAACCCAUUCAUCCAAGCCAACGCUCUGGACCAUACCAUGGAGCUCACUUUCCCUCUGUCACUGCAGGAGAUGGCCUCCAGGGCGGUGUCCAACCACAGGUUACCAUACGGGCCUCACCUCAUCCCGGCCCACUUGUGUCAGGACCUCGAACGAGCGAAGACCUGCGGCUGUGGCCGCGUCUGCGUCAAUUUCUACAUCAAGACGGCGGUCAGUAUGAACCUGCACCAGGUCUCUCACACGGUGGUGCUGGUGGACAACAUGGGCGGCACAGACGCCCCGGUGCAGCAGCAUUUCUGCUCCCUCUCGUGUUAUUCCGAGUUUUUAGACAAUUCCUUCCAGAGAGGAAUCAGAUGAACAGGUUUUACUGACGGGUGGAACAACGAGGGACAAAACACAGGUCUCUGACUGUGGUGACUCUGUGUCAGAGCUGAGUUUUUUUACAUUGACAUUGAACUAAUAACACUCAGCCUGCUGAGUCACACAGCGCCCUCUACUGACCUCAUUCUGCAGUAUAAAGGCAGCAGGAUAGAGACUGUUUAACACACACAGUGUCUCAGGUUGUUGUUUUUUUUUUAUCGUGUCAUGACCUACAACGUUAUAUGUUCAAUUAAAUAAAAGCAUUUAUUGUCGUGUUUAAUGUCAGUUAAUACAAUUAAAAACACUUUUAUUUGUUACU